AGGAAAAACGAGAAAAUCUGUUGUGUGGAGCCAUUUUGUUAGGACGAGUAAAAUCUCAAGAACGUCUGGUGGAAACGUCUCUGCAUGUAAACGGAUAAUAGUGGAGCGAUUUUGCUGGUUGCUGUUGAUUAAAAUCGAAGCAAAAUGCUUUCCGCAGCCCAGUUACUCGAUGAGUUAAUGGGCCGAGACAGAAACUUGGCCCCGGAUGAGAAGCGCUGUAAUGUUCGCUGGGACCACGAGACUGUCUGCAAAUAUUAUCUGUGUGGCUUUUGCCCAGCUGAACUGUUCACCAACACACGUUCUGAUUUGGGGCCAUGUGAAAAGAUUCACGAUGAAAACUUGCGAAAAAUGUAUGAGAAGAGCUCCCGAUUCAUGAAGGAAGGCUAUGAGAGAGACUUCCUGAGGUACCUGCAGAGUUUGUUGGCUGAGGUGGAGCGCCGGAUCCGGAGAGGCCAUGCCAGAUUGGCACUGUCACAGGCCCAACAGAACUCCGGAGGUCCUACUCUGUCUGGAAAGAAUGAGGAAAAAGCUCAGGUGCUCACAGAGAAGAUUGAGGCACUCGUCGUCCAGAUUGAAGAGCUUGGAUCGGAAGGCCGUGUAGAAGAAGCUCAGGGCAUGAUGAAGCUGGUGGAACAGCUGAAGGAGGAAAGAGAGCAACUCAGCUCAACACCAUCAACAAUUGAGAGCUUUGCUGCUCAGGAGAAACAGAUGGAGGUUUGUGAGGUGUGUGGUGCUUUCCUCAUCGUUGGUGAUGCUCAGUCCAGAGUAGACGACCAUCUAAUGGGCAAACAGCAUAUGGGAUAUGCUAAAAUCAAAUCUACUGUGGAGGAACUAAAGGAAAAACUGCGUCGGCGCUCAGAGGACCCAGAAAAAGACGACCGGGCAAAGAGGGAAAGAGAGAGGGAAGACAGGGAGCGUGAAAGGGAGGAGCGUGAGAAGAGACGCAAGGAGGAAGAGGAGAUGCGAGAGAAGGAGAGGGAGAAAGAGCGAGAGAAGGAGCGUGAGCGGGAGCGCGAAAGGGAACGAGAACGCGAGAGGGAGAGAGAGCGCGAGCGUGAACGGCGCAGUAAACGGAGUCACUCGCGCAGCCGCCACUCGAGUCGGGCCUCUGACCGCCGCAGGAGUCGAUCACGGGACAGAAGGAGGAGCAGAAGCAAGGAGAGGGACAGGGACAGGAAGCGCAGCAGGAGCCGUGACCGUGAGAGGAGACGCAGCAGGGAGCGCCCGGACAGGAAGAGACGUUCACGCAGCAAGGAACGAAAGAGGUCUCGCAGCUCUGAACGCAAGAGCCACCGGCACCGCAGCCGCAGUCGAGAUAGGGACAGAGACAAAGACAGAGAGAAGGAUAGAACUGCCAGAGACAAAGAGCGCAAGGACACAGAAGAGAAAAGGGGCAGUGGAAAGGGCUCAAGUGAUGAACGGUCCAGUGAGCCCUCAAAGUCCGAGCCCAUGGAGGUAGAGCCUCCUAAAGCUGAGCUGAAUGGCACCAAUGAAGACCUCCAUUCUGAAGGUGACACUCAGUCCAAUUAAAACUGAUCUGAUAGGACCUCAGAUCAGCUCCAGGUAAGUGCACUUUCCCCGAACAGCUUAGCUCUCCCCCUCCCUUCCCCCCCUUUUCUUUCAGUUAUGUCUGUGAUUUUUCUUCCUGUUUUUUAAUAGUGCAUCGUAAGUAUGCACUGAAGAUGGAACUAGAGGCUGAAACAGAAGAAGGUAGAAUGAAACAUACCCAGAGGGAAAAGCCAGUGUAGUCCUGAAAAACAUGCCUGGAGGUACCUUGUUUUGUAUCGGUCAUACAUAUUUGUCUUUUAGACAAGUUCUCUUCCAAAUUUACGUUUUUUUUUUAUUAUUAUUAUUAUUUCCUCUACCUAUACUACCUCACCUGUUAACUCCUUGCUCACAGUAAACGUAUACUGUGGUAUUUUAUUAAUUCGUUGACUAAACAUACAUACAACAAUGUGCCUAUGUAUGCAACAUAUAUAAGCACGCAGCAGUUUUAGCUCUAUCUGUAAUGUCUUUGAGGUGUUCACAGAAGGAGCUUUUUUCUUUAAUCCAUUAAAACUGCCGUCAGUGUUGAUUUUGUUCUUCAGUUUCAUGGAUGUGUGCUUCCUUGCCUUGCACUUUAAUGCAGUCUGUUCUUAAAGUCGAGAGCCGAUAGCAUUGGGAUGAUGGAAGUGUAGGGUUAAUGAAUUAUUGCAGCUGACUUCCAUACCUCACACAGCGUUGGUGUUGUGAGCGACCCCCCCAUGAAAAGCCAAAUUAAAAAUCAAGGAUACUGUCAAACUGUGCAGGUACUCACCCAAGGUACUCCUUUCUCUACCCACAUCCAUUUGAAUGCUGUUACCUGUGAAAGUGUUUCAAAGCUUGAUGUUCUUGGUUUCUAUUGAUAAUUUUUAUUUCUUUCAUUAUUAACUAUGGUUAAGAUUGACCUUUUUUUUAUCUCUUGUUUUUUAAAUGCUAAUUACAUGUGAAAAGGGAGUAAAAUGUUGUGAUUUACAGAUGAACCCGGUUGAUAUCCCAGAGUCAACGUAAUUAGAGCUUAAUCACCCUUGCUCGCUUCUGAAAUAAAUGAGGUUUUCCUUCGUGUUUUGGACUUUUUGCUACUUAUGUUUUAAGUUUGAUUUUUGCAUCUUUUCAUUCCAAAUUUGAUCCAAACAGUUUCAUCAACAGGCAUUUUUUUUUUUCUUUCUGUUUUUGUUUUUUUUGGGGGGUGGGGUGUGCAUUAUUAUUAUUUUUCUUUCAGUUUUCCUGUGCCUUGUUUUCAGUGCAGAGAGUCUAUAUGUGGACGAGGGGAUAUCAAGCGGGUUACUCUUCCAUGGCAAAAAGAAAGAAAGAGAACCACAAGUUCAAAAAUGUUCAUGGUUCCAGAUUUUUUUUUUUUUUGGGUUUGCUUUUUCUCUUAAUAGUUUUUUUUAAUUGUUCAACCAAAGGGUCAGUCAUUUUUUUCAUGGUGGUCAGAACAAAAAGGUGCAAAGCAAUUAGUCAGGAAGGGAGGAAAUACUCAACUGUCUGAAAUCCGUCUAAACUGUCUUCACUACACUGUUCUGAGCAAGUGUCAUAAAUCACUGUUUGUAGUUAAUGCUGUAAUAAUACAAAAAACAUAGCUAAGUGACCAUGAUGAUGCAAAAGUUGACUAGAUUUUUUUUUUUUUUUUUUUGUCUAUUAAAAGCCUAUUUUUUUUCUUUGAGCAAAUUGGAUUUCAGCUACUAAUUGACUCUUUCUGACUAUUUGUGCACAUCAGGCAAUGCUGGGACUGCUGAGUGAUGAAGACCUGAAGACCUCCAAACUUUGCCAUGCAUACUUCGCUGCUUUAAACAAGGUGAACCAGAUGUAGUGGCCUAAUUAGAAUAAAAUAUAAGGAAAACAUGUAAAAAUGGUUCUGUUGCCCUUUUGCAGUCAUUUCACAAGACCUUGUUUUUACUCCCAUUUGUUUGUUCUUCAUACUUUAAUGUUCUGAGCUUAAAAGGCUUUAAUUAAACAGAAGGGCCAAUUUAAUUUGUUAAUAUACACUCAGUGAACCUAUAACAUGUCAGCUUUGCACAGUUGGGUUUCACUUCACGUUUUAGAAUUUGAGCGCAGUUUUGAGAGUAAUGUACAGUGUUUGAACAGAGAUCCUGAUUGGGCUCUCUGUCACUUUUUUCCCCUCUGUAAGCUUAUAUUCAAAUGUUCGAUCAAUUUUAGUUUAGAAAGACUGGAUUUUCAUUUUUGUUUGAAUUUUUAAAAAAAACUGUAUUUGUCUUCAAUAAAAAGUCCAAAUGAAAUCA